CGCAGCGGUGAGAGCGCCGCAUCCUAACCACUAGACCACCAGGGAACCUUUAUAUUUUACCAACAGAUCUGUUGAUAUGACAAGAGGCUUGUGAUUUGGUGAUAUUUCCUCCAGGCUGAAAUAAACUUAGGACUGACAGAACUAUCGUCAACAGAGUAACAAUUAGAGAAGACCUGCAAGUGGAGGACAGUUCCAUGUGAUGUACAGUAGGAAAGGGCCACACAUAAAGCCUUGAGGCACUUUAGUCACAACCUGCAUCUAACCUUAUCUUCUUAUUCUUUUAUUACACUAUUUCUUGGAGGUACGACUGAAGGCAGUUCAUGUGAUGGUACAAUGAGUUGGUGAGGGUGGUGUGGACAAUCCCCUGGUUUACCAGCAGAUAGAGCCAGUAGUCUUAGAUCUGAGGAAUUUCAAUAAGCUCUUGCAAACAUGUUUCUUCAGCUUGAGUAAUAACUGUUUAUUCAAAGAAAGGAAAACUUGUAUUUGUUCAUUAACAGUACAGUGAAAUUCUUGAAGAGUUGUUAUCCCAAAGCAGUAAUUGGUCCUGGAUUAGAUUAGUUCAGGACUGACUUAGGACCCUGUAGGUGUGAAUCACCAAUGCAAACUACACUUAUGCACAUUUCUGAAAUUCAAAUUGUAUGUGAACAGGGAGAAGAAAAAAAACACUUUAAUUGCCAUUGAGCAAAUGAUUGUGACAAAAUAAUAGUACCCCUGCAAAAAAAGAUCAGUGUUGAACAUAAAAAAGCAUGCUGCAUAUUUCUCCAAAAGCAUUACAUGUUCAAAUUAAACAUAUUAGGUUAGUUUGUUAUUAAUGUUUAUUUGUGAGCCUUUAAACAACAAGACUAUGCACUCUUUCCCGGUGUGUCAAUAUAAGUAAGCAAACAAAGAUCCUCUGACUGAACCACAAGUCACACGUUCAGGCUAAAAAUGCACCAAGUCAUGGUUAGUUCUGAUCUCUUGCUCGAUCUUCCGUCUGUUUUCUCACAGCAUUUGGAAUGUUUCGUGUCAUGGUUAGCUCUACUCACGUCACGGGUUAGUCACAGUGCCAUGUCAUGGUUAGCCAUAAGACCGCCCUCUCAGUUUAUUUUGCCCCGAGUGCUGCUUCCUGUUUGUUAGAGCUUAACAGUGAGUAAGCAGAAGUGCUUAUUCCUCUCCCAACGCAUUUCAAUUCGAGUUUGCUUCUCAGCAAAUUCAUGUUUAACCAGAAAAACAAAUUCAUCAAAACAAAAUAGUAUAGCAAAUUGUUGCAGGAAGAUGAAUAAUAAUUCAUCGUUAUUGUGAUAUCUGAUCUCUUAUUCAAGCUGUAAUUAAAAUCAGUUUUUUUUUUCUUUAUUCUAUCAUUAAGAUCACAUCCACUUGUUGUUAGACAGGAAGAAUAACGGUUGCCUCACACCAUUGUUGAUCAUUUUUCUAUUACAGCACAUUUUACCGCUUAGUCAUCAAGUAAGCGAUUUGCAGUGAUUUUGUGUUUAAUUCAAAUCGGCCUUAUGUCCAGAUAAUAUUGCAACACAGCCGCUAUGAAGAGUACAUUUUUGUGCAACAUUAGCCAGGACUUACGUCAUCUACGUGGCGUACCUGCGCAAUCUCAGAACUUUAUUAUUUUCUGCCAAUGCAAGAUUAAGUGAGAACGAGUAUAAAAAAGGGGACAUCUAGGACGACUCCACAAACAAAGCAGAUCUGGUCUCAGGAAGAGGAGAGUUCCCUGAAAACUACACUGAAAGCAAACAUUGACUAUUUAGAUUUUCCACAGAAAUGGAAGAGGAGAAGCAGAAAAUACAAACAGAGAAGCCCCAGAUUACAGACUGUGACCUGUCUGAGAAGAUAAAGUCUGUGACUAAGGAAUGUCAUGUCCGAGCCAAUAGCACAGAGUUGAUGCAAGCGUUCCAGAGGGGAAACAUCACCCUGAUGCAGUAUAAGCUCCUGCUGUGCUCCCUGUACAAGAUCUAUGAAGCUUUGGAAGAGGAACUGGACAGGAACGCCUCUCACGGGAGUGUCGCACCAAUUUACUUCCCUCAGGAACUGGCCAGGGCAGAAACACUUAAGAGAGAUCUUCAACACUUUUAUGGUCAGAACUGGAGAGAGGAGAUGUUCAUACCAGCCUCUACACUGAGAUACACUCAAAGGUUGAGAGAGAUUGGUUGCAAACAUCCUGAAUACCUGGUGGCUCACGCUUACACUCGCUACCUGGGUGACCUGUCAGGGGGCCAGGUGCUGAGCCGUGUUCCCCAAAGGUCUUUGGGGCUGAAGAACGGAGAGGGCUUGGGGUUCUUCUCGUUUCCUGCGAUCAACAGUCCGAAUCUGUUCAAGCAGCUGUAUAGAAGCAGGAUGAACAGCAUCGAGCUGACAGAGACACAGAAAGAGGGCGUGCUGGAGGAAGCCAUCAGAGCCUUCGAGUUCAACAUCCAGGUGUUUGAUGAACUCCAAACUUUUGUGAACAUCUCAGAGGAGAACGAGCAGAGGCAGAGACGCAAAGCACAGAACUUAAAAACUCCAGAUAUCAGCGUGAGCCAGAGAUCAGCAGUGACCUCCUCGCUGACAUCCGACUCACAGCUGCUCAGGAUGCUGCUCGGAGCGUGUUUAGCUCUGGCACUCGGAAUUGGAAUCUACUUAUUUUAAAUCGUUUGACUGUAUAACAUUUAUUUAUAGUUGAACUCAAUUUGUCCAAUCCACCAGAUGUGAGUGUGUGUAUGCUGAUUGUCUUUUUCUACCUGGUUAUUGAGGGCACACGUCUUAAAACACAGCUGGAUGUUUAAAAUGAGCCACUUUAUGUGAGAAACACUAGAUUAUUAGAGAGAAAGUAGGACAGCACCUGUAAAGCUUCCAGGGCAUUCCAGGAGGUAAUGAUGUCACUGCUAUGUUUCUCACUGUUCCUUCUCACCCCUGUACUUCCUGCUAACACCUAGAAGACAUAACCUCUAAACAAAAUUGUGAAAGUGCUGCAGGAGCAUUUUAAGAAGCAUUAGAUGCAGUGUUACAUGGACAUCGGAAUUUUUUUUUUAAAUGAUGUAAGUCCAAGAACAGCAAAUUUAAUACUUAGCGAAUUUAAGGCCUAAAACGUAGAUUUUUAAUUUUUUUUUUUUAGACUUUUUAAGAUUCAGCAGAAAUGCUGUGUAUGCAUCUUAUUAUAACUCAAAAUGCUGCAAUCAUACGCACCAUCCAUUUCUCCGGUCAAGAACAUUGCUCAAUAGCAUUAUGAUCUCUGAAUUCAUAUGCGAACACUAACGAUUUAAUAACAGGAAGCUUCUGAGAUGCUUACGUCACCACUGUUUUGUGUUGGAAUGGGAAGCCAUUUAUUUAGACACCAAAUAAAACCUGUUGUUUUCCCCCCAUAAUCUCGACAAUUCUACAGUCUAAAGAAAAUGAAAUAAAAAAAAAUGUACAAUCUGCAAAUUGUUUACUUCAUGAAACAUAAAUCGUAACAUUAAAUUA